AUGGAGUCUCCAUUAUGGGUUCGUUGGUUAAAGGUUUAUGCAGUUGGAGGUGUAAUUAUUGGUUCCGGUGCUCUUUUAUUUAAAUACACUACUCCAACUGACGAGCAAUUGAUUGCCUCUUUGUCUCCUGAAUUAAGGUUACAAUAUGAAACUGAAAGGAAGUUGCGUCAAGCUGAACAACAGGAACUGAUGAAAAUUGUUCAAACCACUGCUGAGAGUGAUCAACCAAUUUGGAAGACAGGUCCAAUCAAGUCACCAUGGGAGAAAGAUACAGAAACUGUACAGCAAAAGGAAAUGUUCCAAAAGGCUAGAGCAGAUGUAGCUCAAAGAGAAGAGUUACAAAGGAUAAGGAAAGAAUUGGCAGAAAUCAGACAGAAAAGUGAACAAAAGACUCAAGAAAUUGUAAAUACUAAGAGUUGGUGGAAAUUUUGGUGA